UAUUGGGUAGGGACAUUUGCAGUAAUUAUACACUACUGAUGAGGAUAUAUACAGAAAGGGCUGUUACCAUCUUUCCUUGGGAAAAAUAUCACCUUCUAAUGAGAUUUCAGCAGCGUGAAGCACAAGGCUAAGUUAAAGGACAUCAUCUCAGUAGGGCAUCAAGACGUUUUUCCUCUGAGACGAUGUCUUGUCUUGUCAGCCAGAGGGCAAAUAUCAGCAGCAGCCCAUCAAACCAAACAGCCAAGAUGGGUUCUAUGAGUGUUUUUACUAUUUCCCUCCAUGGCUUGUUCUCCUCCAUUGGUAUUAUAGAAAACCUCCUCAUCCUCGGAGUAGUGGGCUUCCAUGUUCGCCGCUCUGUCAUCAGUGUCUGGAUCCUGAACCUUGCAGCCUCAGACCUACUGGCCACUGCUUCCCUGCCCUUCUUCACCCUCUAUAUGGCCCGUGGGAACACCUGGACAUUGGGCGCAACCUUCUGCCGCAUCCAUUCCUCCAUCUUCUUCCUCAACAUGUUUGUCAGUGGCUUCCUGUUGGCGGCCAUUUCUCUUGACCGCUGCCUGGUGGUGGUGAGACCAGUCUGGGCCCAGAACUACCGGAAUGUCCAACUAGUGGGGAAAGUAUGUGGGAUGAUCUGGGCCUUGGCUGUGCUCUGUACUAUCCCCUUCUACAUAUUCCGUGACAUCAUUCACCAACCUAACGGCAAGAUCCAGUGUUAUUACAGUUAUGCUCGAUUCCUCCCCAGGGAGCCCUAUGACCUGGGAUCUUUAUGUAAGCAGCGCAAGGAGGCCUUGGCCUUCAUGAAGCUCUUUUUAGCCUUCCUGAUCCCUCUACUGAUCAUCAUCCUCAGCUAUUCUGCUGUGAAUGCCAGCUUGGCGCGCAGAGGCUGUCGACGUCCCUACCGCUUUGUUCGGCUUGUAGUGGCCGUGGUGGUGACCUUUGUACUCUGCUGGGCUCCGUACCACUUCUUCAUCAUCAUUGAGGUGAUGGCCCCCGCUGCACAUCCUGCACAGACAUUUGCAGGCAAGGCCCUACCAAUUGCUGCAACCAUCGGUUUCUUUAACAGUGUCCUGAACCCCAUCCUGUAUGUGUUCAGCUGCCCUGACCUGUGCAAUAAAAUAAGACAUUCUCUGGGCGCAGUGAUGGAGAGUGUUCUGGCUGAAGAUCUGGCAGAGCUGGCCCGACGCCGCAGCACCGCUCGCAGCUCUAUCAGCACCACCAGCAAUGUGAUGAAACCGAGAGGUUCUCUUCCAACCUUGACUCUGAAAGUAGAGGAGCAAGAGCAAGAGCAAGAUGAGAGUCUUGCUGAGCUUGCUCAGAACUGAAUGGAAAUGUACAGCAAACUCUCUAAUAGUGGCCAGGCUUUUAUGUAACUCCAUCUGCGCAGUCUUUAUUUUAAAUAGGCCUAUAUAGGAGCCAGGCCUUUAUUUGUAAUGUUGUAGUUUGUACUUUGCAACAAUAGCUUAUCAUGUUUUCCUUAUCUACUCCUUUUUGAAUUUGCUGUUCAUUUAAACACAAAACUUAAUCCAUUUUUAUAUGUUGUCUUUACACAUUGAGGAUAAUGAACUUUUCAAAGCAUUGCUCUCAUCAGUACAACAGUCAUUACAUACUCAUCAAUCUGCUGCUGAGAAAGAGUUUCCACCCCCCUCCUGUCACUUCCUGAAUCCAUAUUGUUUCCAUUUUGCUGUUAUUGUUGUUGUUGUUUUUAUUUGAGUUGAUGUUGAGAUACUGUCAGUGCAACACAACAAUUCAUAUACUGAUGUUGCAAAUGAAAACCCAUCCACAAGGUGUGAAGCUGUUCACCACAUGAAUGUGAUGGUUGAGGCCAUUGAGAGUGGCUGAUGGAUGACAGAGGCAGAUUUCCAUUUGACUGAUAAUAACAAUACUGGCAGUUUAUUCCAAUGUUUUGGCAGCAGAAGAAGUAAAUGAAUGAUGAGGAAAUAUCCCAAACAAAUGAAAAAGGAAUUAAAUCCCAUUCUCUGUCAUCAGAUCAUUAUUAUGUUUAACACAAUGAACUAUAAUUUCAACAAACUUUCAAAUUAGAAUAUAGCCCUCCUCAAUAUUUUCUACCUGGUCUUUAUUAACAUCUGACCAUUAUCACUGCAGCAUAAAUUGAUAUAUUCCCAGGAGCAUCCAAGGAUGUAGUCAGUGUUGUAGACAAAUGAAUGACAACUGCAACAAAACAAAAACUGAAAAGAUUCAGCAUUCUGUGUGAGUUUCUGCUUUGACUUGGAUUAAUGUGUAUAUUUGGUCGAAUGGCCCCUACAGUAUUGCUUCCCUUUAGUUUCUUUCUUUGUAAAAGGAGUUUAGAGUCGAGAUGUGUCUCACUAGAUGUUGUCAUUAUGAGCUGACAAGAGCAAAUAUUUGGAGAUACAUUAUGAUUUAGCUAUUUUUAUAAAUCUUUCCAUUGUACUCACAACAGAGAGAACGUUCACCUGCUUCAUUGUCCGUAUAAUGACUGUACGUUUUAAUACUGUGACAUUAAUAAAUAAA